GGCCGGGGUGGAGGGGUGGGACCGGGGGCGGAGCUGCUGGAGGGGGCUGCUCCGCGCCGGGGCCGUUGGCUCCAGACAAAUAAACAUGGAGUCCAUCUUCCACGAGAAAUGCCUACAUGGAUCAGAGUGUACCAUGUGCAGACAGUGACUGAGGAGACCAGAGGGCAUCAGAUCCCUUGGGACUGGAAUUACAGCUGGCUCAAGAAGGCUCACUUUGUGCUCAGCAUUGCCUGAAUAAUCUAUUGCAAGGGGAGUAUUUUAGCCCUGUGGAGCUAUCCUCGAUUGCACACCAGCUGGAUGAAGAAGAAAGGAUGAGGAUGGCAGAAGGAGGCGUUACCAGUGAGGACUAUCGCACAUUUUUACAGCAGCCUUCUGGAAAUAUGGACGACAGCGGCUUUUUCUCUAUUCAAGUUAUAAGCAGUGCCUUGAAAGUUUGGGGUUUAGAACUAAUCCUAUUCAACAGUCCAGAGUACCAGAGGCUCAGAAUUGAUCCUAUAAAUGAAAGAUCCUUUAUAUGCAAUUAUAAAGAACAUUGGUUUACAGUUAGAAAAUUAGGAAAACAGUGGUUUAACUUGAAUUCUCUGCUGACGGGUCCAGAAUUAAUAUCAGAUACAUACCUCGCACUAUUCUUGGCUCAAUUACAGCAAGAAGGUUAUUCUAUAUUUGUUGUUAAGGGUGAUCUGCCAGACUGUGAAGCUGACCAGCUUUUGCAGAUGAUCAAGGUCCAGCAGAUGCAUCGACCAAAACUUAUAGGAGAAGAAUUGGCACAGCUCAAAGAACAGAGUGUUCUCAAAGCAGAUCUGGAACGAGUCCUAGAGGCGGCCGACGGGUCGGGAAUGUUGGAUGAAGAUGAGGAUGAUUUACAGAGGGCUCUAGCGAUAAGUCGUCAGGAAGUUGAUAUAGAGGAUGAAGAAGCUGAUCUCCGAAGGGCCAUUCAGCUUAGUAUGCAAGGUAGUUCCAGAAGUAUGUCUCAAGAUAGUCCGCAGACACCAAGUGCCAAUCUUACUUCGGAAGAGCUGCGGAAGAGGAGAGAAGCCUACUUUGAAAAGCAACAGCAGCAGCAGCAGGAGGUAGACCGACCUAGACAGCUUUCAUACCCUUGUGAAAGACCGACCACAAGUUCAGGAGGACGUGGGAACAACCAAGCAGGUGAUGGUGUGAGUGAAGAAGACAUACUCCGGGCAGCUGUAAACAUGUCUUUAGAAACUGCUAAAGAUAAUUUGAAAGCAGAAAGAAAAAAAUAAUACCUUUCAAAAUCA